AUGCGUGUUCUUUUGGUGCUAAUUGGAGUGUUUUGUGUGGGAUUGGCCUCCGCCAGUCCGCUGGUUCGAGAAGAUAAUGGAAACCAUGAAUGGGAAGUGGCCGCCGAUGAAAACGGUAACAUGCGCCUAGUCUCGUACCGUAUGCCUUACCAAUUGGACGGUGAAAAACCCCGACGUGAGUUUAUUCCCGAGCGUGACACACGCUUCCUACUGUACACCAAUUCGAACCCGGAGGUUCCGGAGGUGCUGCGAAAUGGUGAUGUGGACAGCAUCGUGCGAUCGUCCUUCAAUCGGAACAAUCCGACCCGCAUGGUCAUCCACGGAUGGCUCGGUUCGCAAAAUUCGGAAAUCAACCGGUUGGUGCGUUCGGCCCUGUUCUUCACCGGCUACUACAACGUGAUCUUCGUGGACUGGAGUGUCGGCGCGCAGGAUGAGUUCUAUCCGAAUUCCCGUGAGCUGGUGUACGCUGUCGCUGCCGCCGCUUCAAAUAUGCUGGACUACCUUUCGCGUAACGUCGACCUGAACAAACGUGACGUCGUGGUCGUUGGUCACAGUUUGGGUGCGCACGUAGCCGGAAACGUUGGCAAAUGGCAGUCCGGUGAGCUGGAGACCAUCAUUGGACUCGAUCCGGCGCUACCGUUCUUUGCGGGUAACGCUCCCGAUCGCAUCCGGUCGACGGAUGCCGACUACGUGGAGAUCAUUCACACCAACGGAGGUGUGCUGGGCUUUAUGGAGCCGAUCGGGGAUGCUGAUUUCUAUCCGAACUUUGGCCGCAUUCAGCCAAGCUGUGGCGCGGACGUCGGAGGUAGUUGUGCCCAUGCACGCGCCGUUCAUUUCUACGUCGAAUCGAUCCUUUCGAGGAACGGUUUCGUGGGUCAACAGUGUGAAUCGUUCCAGAAUAUCCGUGAUGGAUUGUGCAACGUCACGGGAGUUACCUCACGCAUGGGAGGUGAGCCACCGAAUGCCGACGGUGCACCGGAGGGCAUUUUCUUCAUGGAGACGGCAAACAGUUUCCCGUUUGCUGCAGGUUGUUAGAUAAGAUUAAAUAGAUUGUAAGAUUCGAAAUAAGUAACACGUGCAUCAAAGCGUUCGAUACAAAUGUCGAUAAAGCGUUUAAUUGU